AUGUCCGACAACGAAAAGAAUCCUAAUGAAGAUAUGGAUGAAGAUUUAGUUGAAGAUACGGUGGGAGAAGAAGUGUCAAAUGCUGAUCUUUUGUCACUAAUGAAGACCUACAUGAACAACAAAAUCGCCGGACUCGAGAAGAAUUUAAACGAUUCGACCCAUAGUUUAGCGAAAAAGGCAGGUUAUCACCAUAUUGAUAUAUUUGCUCCACAUCAGAGGUAUUUAGGUUUCUCAUGGAAGUUUGAAGGGGUUGAAAAAUAUUAUGUAUUUACAGUUUUACCUUUUGGAUUGAAAUCGAGUGGUUAUGUAUUUACAAAGGUAUUACGACCAUUAGUAGCGCACUGGCGGAGAAAGGGUAUUAAAAUUGUCGUUUAUUUAGACGACGGAUUAGGACUAGCUGAUGAUAGUGAGGUAUGUAAAUUGCAUGCAGACAUUGUUAAAUCAGAUUUAAUUAUGUCGGGUUUUGUUCCAAACAGGGAGAAGAGUAUCUGGUCCCCUUCUUAUUCAUUGAAAUGGUUGGGGUUUAUAUGGGAUUUACGAAAAUGUGUGUUGCAAAUUCCCGAGUCCAAAAUAUUGGAUUUGCAAGAAUGCAUAGGCAUUGCUUUAAGUAAUCCUUGUAAAGUUAAAAUUAGAACGCUUGCAAAAAUCUGUGGCAAGGUUAUAUCUCUCACUCCAGCAAUCGGCAAUGUUACUCAGAUAAUGACAAGAGCUACAUUUGCUGUGAUUAACGAACGAGAUGAUUGGGAUCAGUGCAUGGACAUUAACUUCAAUAGUGAUUUAAUUUUUGAAUUCAUGUUUUGGAAAAACAAUGUGCAAUUGCUAAUGCCUGUAUCUUUAUUACCAAAGGCAAAUGAGGUUAGUAUUUUUAGUGAUGCUAGCGAUGUAGGUGCAGGAGGUUUUAUACAAAACUCAACGCAUGUAAUGUAUAAAUCCUGGACGAAUUUAGAAAAAGUCAAAAGCUCCACGUGGAGAGAGGUAAAAGCAAUCGAGCUGUGCUUAGUAUCAUUUGCACAGUUAGUAUGCAACAGUUCGGUGGUUGUUUAUACUGACAACCAGAAUGCAGUGAGCGUUAUUGAAAAAGGUAGCAAGAUAUUAGAACUUCAAAACUUGACUCUUUCAAUUUUUAAUACUUGUAUUGUGAAUUGUAUUUCUAUAAACGUAAAAUGGAUUCCACGAGAAGAAAACGAGAAAGCAGAUUAUUUAAGUCGAAUCGUCGAUAUCGACGAUUGGGGGACUUCAGAUGAAUUUUUUGAGUUUGUAGAUAAUUUAUGGGGUCCUCAUUCCAUUGACAGGUUUGCUAAUAUGGAAAAUAGAAAACUGCUUAGAUUUAAUUCUUUAUAUUGGAAUCCGGGUUCGGAAAGUAUAGAUUCAUUUACAUGUAACUGGCAUGAAGAAAAUAACUGGUUAGUACCACCAGUAGCACUAGCAGCUAAAGUCAUUAAUCAUUUAGUCAAAUGUAGAGCUGUUGGAACUCUAAUAGUUCCAAAGUGGUCCUCAUCGCCGUUUUGGCCGUUACUGUUUGAGGAAGGUUUACAUUAUAAACCAUAUGUUGAAGAUGUUUUUGAGUUUCUUGAGGCAAAUAGAAUAUUUGUUGCUGGACAUAAUGUAAAUUCUAUUUUUGCUCAAGGUGAUUUUAAAGGAACUGUUUUAGCAGUGAGAUUAAAUGCUUUAGAUAUGUUAUAUUAUAUGUAUAUUUUACAGAUUAUCCAUAUUGGUCACUGGACAACAGUUUUUUUUAUUUGGUAA